AUGGAUUCUGUCUCCAAUUCUUCUGAUUUGAUGAUGUCGAAACCUGAAGAAAAAAUUCCAAUCAAAAUUACGGUUCCAAAAUUAUCAUCGAAAACGUCGUUUUGUGACCAUGACCAUGCGCAGAUGUUGAUUCAGAACUACCGGAAUUUCAAGCGGAGCUCCGAACCUGCCCGGUUUAUGUACUAUGACAACGGAUCCUGGGUCGAUUAUCCGGAAGAAUUGGUGGAACUGUUGAAACAGGGUUUUGAAGUGGGCAAACCGGUGGUUGAGGGGGAAAUGGAUGGGUAUAAGUGUCUUUUUGACUUCUACAGGAUGCUCGAGUUUGAAUUGGAUACUGGGAAUCAACGAUCAAUUGCUUGGAUUGAUGUUAAUUGUAAGUGUUUUUUCCCCAUGGUUUUUGUUGAUGGCAAUCGAAAUAAUGAGAAUACUAUCGAGAAUUGCGAUGAUAGUAGUGUUAAAGUAGAAAUAGAGAUAAAACUAAGCGAAAAUUCGGGGAAUUUAGAGGAUUUGAAUAAAUGCCAAAAUUUGAAUAAGAGAAAGAGAGUGUGUUUGGAAAGUAUAGAAAGGGAAAAAACUGAAGGGAGUUCAUCCAAUUUUAAUGAUGCCAAAAGGCAGCAAAUAGUUGGCAAUGAAUUUUACUCAGCGAGGUGGCCUAAUCUGAGAGUAUUGAGAGGAGAGGAAAAGGAACAUUUAAUAGUGAAGAAUUUGUUUUUGUCGGGGAUGGGAAUGUUGAAGCACAGUGCUAAAAUUACUUCAAUUCAUCAAUGCGUGAGGACCAGUCCAUUAGAUAAGGCGCGUCAUGUAAUGUUUCUGAAGCAGAUGGAGAUCACAAAAAUUGCCAGAGGGGAUAGUAAUAUGGUUUUUGCAUGGUAUGGAACCUCGGCCAAGGGAGUGGACUGCAUUUUGAAACAUGGGUUUGGUAUGCCUGGCAAAGUUCCUGGUCCUCAAGGUCAUGGCAAUGGGAUUUACUUGUCUCCUAUACGAUCACCCUAUAAUAGCGCAAUGUUGUCUAGCGCAAUGUUGUCGGAGACAGAUGAGAAUGGGGAGAAGCAUAUAAUCCUUUGUCGUGUGAUAUUGGGAAAAUGCGAGAAGAUUGAAGCGGGGUCUCAGCAGUCUCGUCCUUCGAGUGUGGAGUAUGAUUCCGGCGUGGAUGAUUUGAAGAAUCCUGAGUGGUACGUAGUGUGGUGUGCCAACAUGAAUACCCACAUUCUUCCGGAGUGCAUUGUCAGUUAUAUACCCAUAAACGUGUCAGAUCGAGAAAAUGGUAUGUUGAAUGUGAAUCGGGUUCCUCAAGGUUCGAAUUCCUUGAUUGCGAAGUUAUUUUCCAAACUGAAAAGUUCUCUACCUCUCCCUAAAAUUCAAGAAUUGCAAACCUUGUGCGGUGCAUAUAAGGAAGAGAAAAUGGGGAAGGAUAUUUUCAUGACAAAAUUAAGAUCUGUCGUUGGGGAUGAUGUAUUGCGGUCUACUUUCGACGAUAUUCUUGGCUGA